AUGGCUCUUGAAACACAGACGAUGCCUCAACUUGAACUCGAGGCUGUUAUUGGGUUUAACGGCCAUGUGUGUGCCGGUCUGAGAGUCCAUCCCGACAGAGAGCACCUGAUCUACCCGCUGGGAUGCGCCGUCAUUCUGAAGAGGAUUAAAGAUGGCAAGCAGGAGUUCCUGCAUGGACACACGAACAACGUGUCCUGUGUUUCAGUGUCCAAAAGUGGAUUGUAUAUUGCCUCUGGACAGGUCACCUUUAUGGGCUUUAAGGCUGAGGUUAUCAUCUGGGACUAUGAAAAGCGAGCAAUCUAUGCCCAGCUGCUGAUCCACAAGGCCAAAGUAGAGGCUCUCGCCUUCUCUCCCAACGAAAAGUACCUCGUGUCCCUUGGAGGUCAGGACGAUGGCAGCAUAGUGGUGUGGAACAUUGAGACCAAGCAGGCCAUCUGUGGGAGCCUGGCUUCAGCUCACAGUGCCGGUCACUGCCUCACUGUCCAGUACUCCAACACCAACGACAACGUCUUUGUUUCCGCCGGGAGCGGAACGCUGCGAGUCUGGGAGCUGGACGUCCCCAACAGGAAGAUCAGGCCCACAGAGUGUCAGACAGGCAAGCUGAAGAGGAUUGUGAAAUGUGUACAGAUUACAGAGAACGAUCAGUUCAUUUUCUGUGGCACCACCAGUGGAGACAUCCUGAAAAUCAACCUGGAGACGGGGCUUCUGAGCGACUUUGGACCUGAUAAAGAAAAAUUCAGCAUGGGUGUCAAUGUCCUAAGGAUUCUGAAGUGUGGGGACCUGCUCGUGGGCUCUGGAUCCGGCAACUUCGUUCUGUGUUCCAAGACUAAAUUCAAAAUCCUUAAGACAGCCCAACUGAAAAAGGGUGUGACCUCCAUUGCUAUUAGAGGAGAGGACCAGCAGUUCUACGUUGGGACGGAGGGGGCUCAGAUGUACCGCUUCAGUUAUGACGACUUCAGAGCGACACUCAUUUCCACCAGCCACAGCAGCGCUGUCAACGAUGUGGCCAUAUGUUUUGGAACAUCGGAAUUGUUUGCAACCUGCUCUGAGGAGGAGAUCAGGCUGUGGCACAUAGACAAACCCACAGAGCUGCUGCGCAUCACUGUACCCAAAGUCACUUGCAACGCCCUGGACUUCAUGGUUGACGGACACAGCAUCAUCAGUGCUUGGAGCGAUGACAGCAUCCGCGUGUUUGCGCCGGAAAGUGGCCGGCUCAUGCUCAUCAUCCACGACGCUCACAGGAUGGGCGUGACGGCCAUUGCCGGAACCAGGGACUGCAAGAGGAUCGUCAGCGGAGGGGGACAGGGACAGGUCCGCGUUUGGGAGCUGGAGCCGCACGGCCAUCGGCUGCUGGAGACCAUGAAAGAGCACAAAGCCACCAUCACUUCUAUCAAGAUCACGAGUGACAGCAAGAACUGUGUCACUGCCAGCGCUGAUGGCGCCUGCAUCAUCUGGGACAUAGUGCGGUUUGCGAGUCUUAAGAUGGUGAUUGCCAACACAAUGUUCCGGGCGGUGUGCUACCACCCAGAGGAAUACCAGCUCAUCACCAGCGGGACUGACAGAAAGGUGGCCUACUGGGAUGUGUCCGACGGAGCCGUCAUCAGAGAACUUGAGGGCUCGCAGUCCGGGUCCAUCAACGGCAUGAACAUCUCGCAGGACGGCCAGCACUUUGUGACAGGCGGAGAUGACAAGCUGGUGAAGGUAUGGGACUACAUGAAAGGCGAGGUAACCCACGUAGGAAUAGCUCACAGUGGCAGCAUCACCAGCAUCAAGAUCUGCUCCAAUAACCGAAUCUUGCUCAGCACCAGCGCCGACGGAGCCAUUCUCCGGUGGAGGUUCCCUCACCCUUUGUCCCCUUAAUGUGGACACUCCAUGUAGACUGCUGCCCACUGAGACCUCUCAUCCACGGUCCUACUCAAGUGUAUACAAUGUUCUCCCUUAGUCUGCAAUUUGAUGAAGCACCAAUGACUUUGUUGGAUUUUUUUCUUUUCCCAGGAGAGAAGGGGCGAAAUAAAAAAAUAAAUGACGAGUGCAUUUCCUGUGCAGUGCCGGCACUUGAGUGGUAACUAACUACCCACAGUAGCUGAAUAUAGGUGGAAAUUCACAGAGCGACACUUAACAUGAGUUUAAAAUUACACUUGCACAAGAACGUAUUCUUCACUACGCUUUUUUAGGCUUCUUGGGAACAACAGAAUUAAUGCCGCUCUGCAGACGCGGCCUCAAUGCCGAGGAAACCGGAAUGUGUAAAAAUAAUGCUGUACUUUAUAUGUAGUGCAUUACAUUCACACAGAUAUGAUUCUUCUGUCUGUUUCUGAUUGAGUGGGCUCAUUCAAAUGUCUGGAUCGAGGGUAGUGGAGACAAGGAGGGGGCCUCCGGAUUCAGUCAGCUAAUCUAUCAACAGCGGUUCCCUGAAGGAUUCCGGUCAAGACGGCAGAGACGCUCUCGGACUGCCUGAUCCGAACCCACUCAACUCACUAUUGUUCAGAAAGGCUAAGCUAAAUAAUUAAUACCUCGUCCAUGCUUCCCCCCCCCAAAAAAGUUAAAUGGCAAACCUGCAGUAUAAACCAAGUCAGCAAAAACAUCCCUGGAUCAGUACUAAAAAAAGAAGAGAAUGAGGGCAUCGCUGUUGUCGUAAUUUUACACCCUGCUGUUGAAUAAAGGAA